AUGCCAAUCGACGCCGACUCCGAGUCCGACGCCUUCGAGGCUGCCCGGAUGGCUGAGGCACGCCAACGCCAACGACGUCAAGGUCGCUCUUCGCUGCUGGGCCGCGGCAUGGGCGGCCACGAUCCUCAUCUUCGUCGACCCUGUGCUGCAGAACAUCGGCGUCGCCACCUUCUUCGGCGCCAUUGUCCUGUACAUUGUCCCGCCAGCCGGCAUUCUGAUGGUCUACCUGCUCGCCUCCCUGUCGCUGCUCCUGGGCAUGUGUCUGGCCUGGGCCUGGGGUCUCUUGUCCAUGAAGGCGGCCAUGGCAGCUCGGCCAGACCAAGAAACCCGGGCACUUGUGCAGUCUCUGCAGCGGCAGGCGGCUGUCGUUGCCAACCAACCGGCCGGUCGCCCGCCGCCGUCGCCCAGGAGCUCAUCUACGACGGCUUCAUGCUUGACGCCCGGGUGGUGGUGACAUACUUUGCCAUGUGUGGCCUCUUCAUCUACGCUCUGGCACGGCUGCGGAGCGCCAACCCCAAGAUGGUCUUGCUGCAGCUGUUUGGCACCAUUGUCAUCGACGUCUUUUUGCUGACCGGCCCCAUCUCGACCAAGUUCAACUCCACGCUCGCCCAGGUGUUUGUCAAGCCGGGCGCCAUCGGUAUUGGCCUGGGCGCCGUGUGUUGCCUCUUCGUCUUCCCCCAGUCGACGUCGUAUGUCGUCUUGGGUCAAGUGGAACAGUUGAUUCGGCUGCUCGACGCGCCUGUGGACUCGACACGACGGUACUUUGCUGGCGACAAAACCUUGGACGACGCACAGUUGAGAGCCUCCAAGGAUGCCAUCAUCGGCAGCUUCAAGGCUAUGGAGCCGGCCCUUGCGUUCCUCCCGCUUGAUCUUUCGCGGGGCAGAUGGAACGCCGACGACGUCAAGACUUUACAGGGCCGAGUCCGCGAUGCCACUGCCGCCGCCAUUCUCCUACUCGACUUUCACUCGGCACGGGCAUCGGCGGCGGCCAGAGCUGAGAGGCUCGGGACGGUUCGGCCAACACUCGAUCCGCAACGUGCCGAUGACGGCAGCGGCAAGGAAGGGAGCGACCUCGACAAGGCUUCACUCGACGCAGAUGUCGUCGACGCCUUGAAAAGUCCGGAGCAGAGUUCCAUCCGCCCCGGCUUGCUGGACACGCUCAGAGAUGCAACAGCCGAGAUUCUUGACGUAAACUCACGGGCCAUCCAAGCCGCCGCCGAUACAGUUCACACCAUAAAUACGGGAAGAUGGUACUUUGGCACCGCCCGGACCAACCGUCUCGACGGUCUCAAGCAAGAGCUGGCCGAGCUUCGGGCUAAAUUGCAGUCUGUCCGAGAAUCAUGUGUCGUCAAAAUCAACGACGCCGUCGUAGGUGCUCAUGCCGACUUGUUCGACGACCAAGGUCAGUUGAAGGAUCGAAAGGACACCAAUCCCCUCUCUCUCAACGGCAUCGUUCUCUCCAUGGUGCUCGAGGAGCGCAUCCUUGGUACAGCCGCUACUACGGAGGCCAUGUUGGAGCACAUUCUGGAGCUGCUGGAAUUGCGAACCACGACGCGCGUUUGGAUCCCGUCUCGCCUCCGCUACGCCCUUUCCUGGCUGCUCAGCCGCAGCGUCCCAUUUCCGGGCGCCGGUGCCUCCACGGUGCCUGCCGAAGACCCGGACGAUGCUUCGGCACAGGCCGAGGAGACACACAGGCGGCUGCGUCUCGUUAGCAGAGGCACCGCUUCUCCCAGGAAGCAAAGGCCAUUCCCUACGCGGGCGCUCGUGGGCACGUACAAAUGGUUUACCAACCCCGGCGGCAUGUACGCUCUGCGCAUGGUCAUUGUGACGAUUGCGCUGUCCGUUCCGGCUGUGCUCCCCAGCACGGCCGGUUUCUUCUACCGCGAAAAGGGCAUCUGGGCCGUGAUCACGGCACAGACGUGUCUCCUCAUGUACAUGGCCGACUUCACUUUUUCUCUCGUGUCCCGAGGACUCGGUACCAUCCUCGGCGGCGCGCUGGCCCUGGCAGCUUGGUACGCGGGCUCGGGCAACGGCAUCGGCAACCCGUAUGGCCUCGGGGCCACCACGGCGGUCGCCUCAUCCAUCCUCAUGUGGUGGCGCCUCUACCUGCCGCCGGCGUUUGCCCAAGCCAGCAUCAUGACCGCCUCGACGUUUGUGCUGAUCAUCGGCUUCAGCUGGGACCAGAACCACAUUGCGCAGUACGGACUGCCGGGCGUCGGCUACGUGGCCUUUUGGAGACGCCUCGUCACGGUCCUCAUCGGUUUCGCCGCCGCCCUCGUCGUGCAAGUCUUCCCUCGACCUCCCUCCGCGACCCGGUACGUCUGCAAGACGCUUGCCAACACGGUCCGGUCUCUCAGCGACCACUAUGCGCUGCUCAUAUCCCAGUGGAGCCGAGCGGACGGCGAGAGACGGAACCUGGACCCGGGCGCCGCCGCCACCGCCGCCGCCGAGAACAUCACCCUCAAGGUCGCGGAGACGCUCGUCCACCUCACUGCCGCCAUUCGCCUGCUCAAGGUGGAGGUGAGCUCCACGCCGUUCGACCACAAGGUCCUGCUCGCGACGAGGGAGCACUGCAGCAGAAUGAACCAGUGCCUCGGCAAGCUGUUGGUCCUGUCGUGCACGCUGCCGAAGCACCUGCAGGCCCGGCUCGCCGGGACAGUGGGCAUGCUCGACGACGGCGUCGUGGGAAACGUCAUGUCCGUCCUGGCGAUUGUCGAGUCGUCCCUGCGGACGGGGGCGCCCCUGCCGGAGCGACUGCCCGCGCCCCUCGUGCACAGCUGCUUCGUGGCGUGGUAUGCGCGGCACGAGCGGGCCGAGUUGACGGUCGACCUGGUCAGGAGCGCCGAAUACAGACGCUACUGCGUCGCCGUGUCGUCGUACGUGACGUUGCUGUCGACGAUUGACGACGCGGUCGAGGCGCUCAAGGCAACGCUGGGAGAGGCCCACGUCGUACAUGACUGGGGAGAGGCCGCGUGA